CUUGCUGCGUUUGGCCGAGCCUACAGUUUGACUACAAAUCCCAGUAGACUACUCUUCGUCACAGCUUGUUUGCCUGUCUAAUACGAGGAAGAGUUUUUCUAGGCUCCCAUUCAAUGAGAAGAACGUGAAGCACCGACCCGCUCGGGACCAUAAACCACCAAAACAUCGUUUAUAGUUUUAUGUCAGGAGUCGUUGGUGGCAUUGGUUCGGUUUAUGGACUUUCGGAACUUGUGAUGUUAACGGAGCUUGUUUGCUAAUACAGCUAACUACAGAAGACCAACUGUUUAUGCUGCACCAGUCGCUCCGCUGUCGGGUGGGUCGCCAAGCCAACUCCAACUUGUCUGGUCACCAUGGCUACCAACGAGUCUGUGCCUCUGCGGGUCUUCUCCCUCAACUGCUGGGGCCUCCGUUAUAUCAGUAAGAAUCGUGAGGAGCGCAUGGUCAUGCUUGGAGACAAGCUGAGCAGAGAGAACCACGAUAUUGUCCUUCUACAGGAGUUGUGGAGUGAGACGGAUUUCCUCUAUCUGAAGAAGACCCUCUCCAGUACUCAUCUGCAUUCCUAUCACUUCAAAAGUGGAGUCAUAGGCAGUGGACUCGCCGUUUUCUCCAGAUACAGAAUCCUUGAUGUCUUCUUCUACCGUUUCUCUGUGAAUGGGUACCCCUACAUGAUCCACCAUGGAGACUGGUUCGGAGGGAAGGCUGUGGGAAUGGUGCAGAUGAAGAUCAAUGGGCUGAUGGCCCAUGUCUACGUCACACAUUUACACGCAGAAUACUGUCGGGAGAGGGACGUCUAUCUGCCUCAUCGAGUCGUUCAGGCCUGGGAGCUACAGCAGUUCAUCCGGCACACGUCCAGAGGGGCUGACCUGGUCAUCGUGGGCGGGGACUUCAACACACACCCCCAGGACCUGGGCUGCCGUCUGGUGCGGGCCUACACGGGCCUGAGGGACAGCUACUCGGAGACGGACGCCUUCGACGGGUGUGAGGAUGGUCUGACACUCAUAGCCAAGAACCCCUACAUCAGUGCAAAAGAGCUGGGGCCCUUUGAGAAGGGCAUCCGCAUCGACUACAUUCUCUUCAAGGGAUCCAAGUGUGUGGGGGUGAAGUGUGAGUCUCUGAGCAUCACCCAGGGGUCGUGUCCAGGGUCGGCCAUUCCCCUGUCGGACCAUGAGGCCCUGAAUGCCCAGCUGCUGCUGCUGCCCACUGACCCCAACAGCCAGAAGGGGGAGCCAGAGAGCAGCGAGGAGAACACAGGUAAGCUGGCGGAGCUGGUGGACCUGUUGACGGAGGCGCGUACGGAGGUGAAGGUGGGCGUGCACGGCGCCGAGCGCCAGCGUCACCGGGCGGCGCGGACGGGCGCCAUGGGCGUGGCGCUGCUGCUGCUGGAGCUGGCCAUGGCGGCGGUGCCCUGGCUGGUGCCGGGCUCGUCGGCGGCCGCCACGCAGCCGUUCCCGCGCGGCUCCUUCUGCCUGCUGGGGGCGCUGUGCUUCUGCCUGCUGCUGCUCGCCGCGCUGCUCUGGCUCUUCCACAGCGACGAGCUCAAGGCGCUGCGCUCCGCCGACGACCACAUGAGGCUCGCCGCCGCCAGCCUGCUGGAGCAGCUCCGUGCGAGGACGCCCACGCCCACGACACACGCCGCCGACGAGGACGGCCCGGCCAAUCAGGACGCGGGAUCCACCUCUAAGGAGGACUGAAGGAGAGCAGUUAUAUUCACAGCUGAAGAAGAAUGAUGAGGUGUGUUUUUUCAACUCCCCGACUGAAUCAGUUCAAACGAACUCUAAUGCUUCACUGAAGGCUCCUGUCAUGAUCAUGAUCAUGAAGGACAACAGCGUUGAGAUCAGAAUCCUAUAAAGCACUACUCUCUUGGCUGUGCUCUUUUCCCAAAGCUGCAUUUUGCGUCUUAGGAUCUGAAAGGGACCAAUUUUCUCCUCUAGCUGCAUAGAAACCACAA